AUGUUGAAAAGGAAACUAAAACCAACAAUUCCUGCAACAGCUGCUGCCCUCUUCCAUGAUCCGAUUUCAAUGUUGGCAGGAGAGGAGCCUGAUGAUGAUGAUGAUGAUGACGAUGAAUCUGAGCUGGAUCCUGAACCAGAACCCGAACUAGAACCUGAUUCUUCAGUAGAACCUCCUGAACUAGAUCCGCUACCAGUAGCCUCGGAACCGGAACCAGUGGCAUCAGAAGCUCCAGCAAGUGCGGAGGAGACAUCGAGUAUAGCGGAGCUUGCUGUUUCAGCUCCAGUUUCAGCACCAGAAGCUACUUCUGAAGUGAGAGAUCCUAAUGCUCCACCACCGCUUUCAGAAGCUUCUGAAGCAAUACCCUCAGCAGCUGAGGUAGCAGCACCUGCCAAUGAUUCAGCUCCACUGGCUGCGGUAGCAGCAGCACCAGAGCCUGCAGAAGCUGCUGCGGAAACAGCGAAAUUAAUUGCGUUAAGACCUGCCAUAUUAAUUUGUUAUUUUAUUGAUUCAAAAUAUAUGUUCAGUAAUCAGUUCAAUCACUAA